AUGAGAAGGCUCGAUCUUGUCAUCCUGUGUAAGUGAAGGACCACUAUAGAAGGUAUGGGGGGGGGGGUGGGGGGGAUAUAGCUAUGUUGAAAAUAACAUUCAAACUGAUUAGGUUUUUUUAAAUGGAAAGAUGAAGGAGAGUGGCGUGAUUUUAUAUUUUAAAGUAGCUUGUGACAGAGAGGAAUACAUCCCCAUAGUUGCCGUUUUAUGAGGGCGCUUUUACUCAAAAUUGUGGCACUGACCGAGUUGAGGGGAAGUCAGAGGAAGAGGCAAAGCGAGAGGAUUUACUCCGCCCAAAAGCUGUCCGCAUGAGUUAAGCCCUUUUUUGUAUAGGGGUCUAUGAGAGAGUGUUGAAUUACGUGAGGCUUAUUUGAACAAAUAUACGUUUUGUAAUGUUUAGGCUGUUAAACAUUUACUGAUAUAAGUGGUUGCACGUGGCAUUCUGUCAACUUUGAGAAAAACGGCUUUGUUAUGCCUUGUUCACACGCGUGCCUGCCCUCUCAUUGGCUAGAAUGGUCCCACCGACCUGACCUCACUUACCGUCACAUUGAGGACAUGUAUUGUAGGGAAGAUUACGGAAAUGGAUGCUCUGUUCGAAACUGAUGGCAGGUCGGGUAAAGAAGACAGUGAGAAUGAGUAGGCUACAGUCGUGAAAAAGACAGGAAACAAAAUAAGUAAAGUUGUGAUGGAAACUAAGAUAUCCCUAGAUUUGUUUAUAUAGGAGUUUUGGAUCAAUGUUACCUGGGGGAUCCGUUUGAAGUCAUGAGGAGUAUCAUAUAUGCAUAGGGUGAGGUGGCAUUGGUGAGAGUCACAAGAGUUGGUCUUAUUCAGAUUUUCUGUGUGUCCGCGGAACAGAAGAAGCUUGCUUUGCGCCUCAAAAAUAUUUUUGAAUGGAAUGUUUUCUAUAUGGAUUUCCAAAGCAGGGCGCCUGUCAAGGGGGUUAUCUCUUGGUUUGCGCAUGGAGUGGAUGCCGAUGAUAUACCUGAGGAAGUAGGUGAAGUGAUUGGUGGAUAGAGUAAGGAAACCCACUUCGUCCAUAUUGUUUUUUGAUAAGUCUCUCCCUUCUCAUGUAAAGCUAGGCCAUGUAAGGACUUUUGUGCACAAGCCCUGCAGUAUUAUAAAUGCAAGUGUAUGCAGACGGGAACAAUAUCGUAUGCCAGCUGAAGUUAUAUGCUGCAACUGUGGAGACUGCACCAGUGGAUGUUUCUCGUCAGUCAAGGGAUCCUGAUAUAUUACAUGUCAAAAUGUGGACUUCGUAGCAUUUAUGGCAAUGGUCAUAAACUACACAGAACAAACGAAGAAGAAAUCAGAGACAAUCUGAAUUAUUGUGAGUGCAGCAGAACAUUUUUGGGGGACUCAGUGAGUUUACAGCCGAGGCAUUGCAUGAAAUCCUGUCAAAGGAUGUUCUGCCCUCACAGGCCCCUGAGACUGUGUAGGGAUGUGACUCGAAAUGGAAUGUAAAUGAAGGAGUGGGAUGUUUAUUUUAAAUUUUUUAUGUCUGUUUUUUCCUUCUCCUAAUGGAUAUGUUUUUAUAGUUUACCACCAGUAGGUGACGGCAUUCACUUCACAUGCUCGUUUGCGGACUGCCAUAAUACCGUAGAAGAGGAAGCGCGGUCACUCGGUAUUCUUCUUUGAGGAAGUGCAUGUGCAAAACGUAAACAAAGUGUGUUGCGUAAUCUCACACCCAAUUGUCAUCUUUCGUGGCAGAUUUCUGUAAUCCGAGUGCGAGUAGGCUACGACAAAACAACAGGCAUUUCCAGGUAGUAAGAACAUUGUAAAUGUAUUAUGUGUACUAUAUUGUACUAUUUAGUAUUAUUUGUACUAUAUUUUAAUCAGUUGUCAUCCUAAACACAGAUAAAAUAGCUAGUUUAGCUCAUUUAAAGGAACGAAGUUAACCACUGGCAUAGCUAACUUCUCAUCUAAUGUGUAAAAACAUUCCUAACAUUCGCUAGCAAGCUAGGGUUCCUGUCUUGACAUUCAAUACUUUAUUUUUUAUUCAGACAACAUAUUGCUGUGUGUUCAUAUCAUGAGUUUUGUUGUUUGUAACGUUAUCAUGAUUCCAUGAUUUUGCAGCUGGUGAGAUUAUGGAGAAUGAUGAUGAUCCUAAAGAAGACACCCAGUCACAAGUCAAGAACUCGGUCAACAUGGAGAAGAACUGCUGCAAUGAGGACACUUUCAGGUUUGAAGUCAUAGGAGCUCUAGCUAACAACUUUGAUUAGAGAACAUGUUUUGUGCAUAAGGAGACACUGCACAUUUCAUUUGUUUACGGUCAAUGGACACUACACACCCAGUAUCCUUUUCAGCAAGGCAGUGGUGGUGCAGGCAGCAUAGCAUUUGAGCUGACAAAGAACUGCACAUGGUUGGAUUGUUGGUUACAUAAUAUCUGUGCAGGCUAUUGGAACGCAUGCACACAGGCUAACUAUUUCCUUAUUAGGUCUGUAUUUCCCCAGACAGAACACAGUGCAACCUCACAUUGUCUGCCAGUGCCAGCACCCAAUACAAAGCUAAGAGCAUAAUAUAGGGAGUAUUAUUUUGAUUAGGUUUCCCAUUGCAUUCCCACACAUAUUAGAGAAAUAAUCCAUGCCACUCGAAGGAAAGUUCAGUUAAGCAGAUGAUUGGGCCCAAAGUCUACCACAACCACUACCGCUUUGUUUCUCUUCUAAGCCUUGCUAGUGUUGAGCAAAUUAUUACAGACUAAGUUGCAUUUUCUAGCAUUAAGGGGUCUCACGUGGCCCCUUCUUGAUCCUACUUAGCCCGUAAUCCUUCUCAGUCUACUUCAGACCCUCCAAAAACCUUCUCAGGUCUCAUUUGCUUCCAGAGACGCUGGAUUUUAUUGAAGGCAUCAUUGCUCUGCCAAAAGUAUACAUUAGUCGUCAGAUAUGUCCUAGCUGGUCUAUCCUACUCUUCUUCCACCUGUUAUACAGUAACGAAUUCUAAGACAGGACCUUUGGUGAAUCUGUAGCCAUUUCUGUGCUUUUGCACCAUCAGGAGUUCUGUAUGGUCUUUCAUAUCAAAUUCAGUCUCACACAGGAUGCAGAGGGAAAGUGCAGUGAUGAGGGUCUCACUUUGAUGGAUCUUGGAACAUGACAGAAUCACCAAGGACAUAAAUCUGCAGUUUGACCACUGUAGAAGACAUUGCCUAGGAUCUCUGCAAAUAUUCAAGUAUCCAAAUCUCCAUUAAAGGAUAAACGAGUAAUCUCCAGUGAAACUUUCCCCUUGUAAACAAGGAUUAACCACCUGCCGUUCUGAACUCAUCAUAGCAUCAGUGACCUCCUCCAUAUUUUCCUCCUCUCUUCCCGAAACGGAGAUUCCUUCCAGAAGCUCACCCACAAUGGAUGAGAUCCGCCGGUUGUUCGGUUCGCCCGUAGGGCGCAUCCGCUCGGACAGCAUAGCCAGCUCUGCCACCCAGUCCUCGGGCAGCCGCCUGCUGCUGCGCCAGCGCCUCGCUCAGCUCAUGACCUGCGUGGACGACCUGGACCCCUCACCCCAGCUCCAAGAGCAGGUGGCACGCAGCUUGGACAACGCCUUCCUCAUCUGUGGUAAAAGGGCCAGCCGGCCCAAGAAAGAGAACUUCAGGUGGACAUUUUAUAGGCGUUUGCCGAGUUCCUCUUUUCUGUUCUCUUUGGGCUUACUUCGACUUGACUUCCUCUUUCUCUGUCUGUUUAACAUCAGAUUUGUUUUAAAUCAAAAUGCAUUGCACAUGGUUCUUCGUUGCAAGGGUUUAGUUGAUGAACACAAAGUACUUUAAGACUGGAUACUAAUGAUUCUUCUUGACUAAAACGUCCAGCAAUGACUUCUCCAUUGUAUUCCAAUGUUGUCUGGCUUUAUCUGAGUACAGAGGGUCUGAGUUGGUAGAGAAGUUAGAAAACAUUUUCAUGUCUUGAUUUUAGACCUUGGACCAUUGGUCAAUCAGCCUCUUGAGCUCAGAGCAGGCAGUGUGUGCAGUCUCUUCCGUUCUGGAUCGUAAUCUCUGGCAUGCUUAUCUUUUGAUUUGAUAACACAAAAUGACCUUUUGUUAACAGAACUGAAGAGCUAUGAUGUUAGGACCAUAGAAAUCAUAAGUCAAUGUUCAGUGUUUUAUUUAGUUCUGUGCUUAGGACAUGGAAAGGGAUGGGCUUAGUUCUUUGUUGAGAAGUUUUUUUCAUUCACAGUUUUUGAAUUGAUAUAGGCUAUGGUUAGAGAGAUGGGACUAGGCUUUAUCAACCACCACUGUCCAUUCAAGACUGGCUAACCGUGAUAUUGUUGUUGUGUAACUAAAUAAGCUUCUGAAAGUUGCAGUCCAAUUUGUCAGGCUUUUGCUCUGAGUUUCGGGGAAAACUGCUGUGCAAGUGAAUCAUGAUCUGCUGUACUCUCUCUUACUCUCUCGCUCCUUCUCUCUCUUUCUCACUCCCUCUUUCUCUAUCUCUUUCUUGCUUUCCAUCGCCCCCUCUCUACUCUCACUCCCUCUCUUUCUCUCUCUCGCUCCCUCCAGGCUUCACAUGGUCACGUGGAAUGUCGCUACAGCUGAUCCUCCAGAUGACAUCAGCUCCUUGCUUCACCUGAACUCCCCAAAGACCCCAGACCUCUAUGUGAUUGGGUGGGUUGCCGAGCUACUGCAUGCUGAUUGGACAUUGAUUGAGACAGACAGUACAAUGGCAUGACAGGAAAAUCUGUUUUUUUACUGUGUAAAGUCUACAAAGUUUAUUCAGAGUGGCAUGGUAAAAAUGCUUCAGUAGGUUUAUUUGUAUGAUCCUAAUGUUACAGGCAACAAUAGUUAUAACCUGUGUGUGUGUCUUGUAGUCUCCAGGAGGUGUACACUGCUCCUCACAGGUUCAUCAUAGACAUGGCUGUUGAGGACUCCUGGAGCCAUCUCUUCAUGUCCAGCCUGGCACCACGAGGCUACCUGAAGGUACAACAGUAGGACAUAUGGCUUCAUAACACUAAUAAUAGCACUCCAGCACCAUAGACCGGUUUGAACUAGUUUUAUGCCACCAUCCUUAGUCUAAAGUAACAGAAAAAUGUGCUCCCAACAUAGUUUGUCCUCAGUUUAUUUUCACCUCCUUGUCUUUCAAAGCAAUAUCUUUUGCUUCUUAUGUGUCUCUCCGCUUCCACUCUUUUGAGUCUACCUUUUGUCUUUCUCCUGGUUACAUAAAGACCCUGAAAAAUAGCCCAGGUUUAGAUGAAGCAGUCUCAGGGUGUCUUGUUGUGUUGUAGGUGUCCUCCAUCCGAAUGCAGGGCCUCCUACUGCUGUUCUUCUCCAAACUGGCCCACGUUCCAUUCAUUAGAGACAUCCAGGCCACCUACACUCGCACAGGCAUCUUCGGCUACUGGGUAAGAUCAGGCUCAGUGGAUGUUAUUACUUAUUAUGACAGCUUAUAGCAAUUGUUAUAAUUCACUGUAAGUGUAUUAUAAGGCAUUAUAAAUUAUAAGGCAUUGUGUGUUAGCCUCAUGUAAAAAUUGUUUUAUUCAUACAUUUGAUUGAUUGACCUUGCGCCCAACAGGGGAAUAAAGGUGGGGUGUCCAUCCGUCUGUCUUUCUACGGCCACAUGCUCUGCUUCCUCAACUGCCACCUGGCAGCACACAUGCAGUACGCCUUGCAGCGCGUCGACGAGUUCGAGUACAUUCUGGACACACAGACCUUCGACCCCAAAAAGACACCGCAAAUCCUCGACCACAAGUUGGUAUACAUUAAACGCACGUUGUCAAUUGAGUGUGCAUUUUUCGAUAUUCACACAGUUGCUGUUUUAGUGUUAUAAAUGGAGGGGCUUGGCACCUGCUUGUAAUAUGAUUUUAAGUACUACUGUGCUCUCACAAUGUUGAAUGUUCACAGUGGCCUUUCUCUCUCUCGCUCUCUCAUUCCCCCUCUCUCUCAUUCCCCCUCUCUCUCAGGCUGGUCUUUUGGUUUGGGGAUUUGAACUUCCGCAUCCAAGAUCAUGGCAUGCAUUUUUUGCGCAACUGCAUCACCAGCCAUAAGUUCAACUUGCUGUGGAGCAAAGACCAGGUCAGACUCAUGAGAGAUGCAUCUGUUUUGCUCGAUCUUGGAGAAUACUAUACAUAGAUUUAACUAGAUUGGAAAACGGACAGUGGCUUUUCAUUUAACACAUGUACAGUUGUCUUGUUUUCAUGCAUGUAAGACAUAGGAUGUAUCCCAGAUGGCACUCUGUUUGUUCACGAGGGCCCAUAGGGCUCUGAUUCAAAAGAAGUGCACUAUAAUGGGAAUGGGGUGCGAUUUGGGAUGCAGCCAUCGUAUUUCCUGACGAUGUUGAGUGUAAUGUUUGUCUUGUCAUUCCGUGUGGUUGUAUCAGCUAACCAUGAUGAAGAAGAAGGAGGCUCUCCUGCAGGAGUUUGACGAGGGACCUUUGGACUUUCAACCAACCUACAAAUUCGACAGGUUCUCUGACUGCUAUGACAGCAGGUAAUGGCUGACGUGCAAUCAUAGGCAUAUGGGAACACUCGCACACAUAUAGAUGUUAAUUACUCUUUGGCUCUAUAAAGCAUUCACCAUUGUUUUCUUUCAGAUUUCCCACUUUUGUGUCAUCUUUUCUGCUUGCUCUUACUGAGCUGACUCCUGCUCUCCUUACAAGACACUAUUAUUCAAAUGCUCACCUCCGCUCUCUUUCGACUUCACAGGCCCCACAGGACAUGGUUUGGUUUUCAGUAAGCUGCUCAAGACACCCCUCCUUUAAUGCCACCCUAAUCCCCCUUACUGCCCACUAAAACGUUUGCAAGACAGUGACGGAUAGGUAUUUGCAAUGGAAAGUCAAAAUACCUUUCUCUCCCACAAAAUGGUUCCUACAGAACAGCAGACCUCGCUCUCUUGGGUUUUUUGUUUUCUGCUGAUGUGAAUGCUAUGUGAUAUAUAUCAUAGUUGUCUGCAGCUAACACAGUUGCCUCUAACAGUAUAUACGGUAUAUCAAAGUCGCUUUAUUCUUCAUAUGAAGCCGGUAGAAAAUUCCAUUGAAGUGUAUCAGCAUUGUGCGGAGGUGGUUGCCAUUCUCAGUGGACACAGUAUUCUGGAUUUGUUAAUCCUAAUUAAUUUAACCCCCACAAUACCAUCUCAGUCAUACAGAGAGAGAGAGCAGCUUUGCUAGCCGACUGUACCAUUGCCUCUGUGGGCGUAAGCAGCUGUCAGGUUCUAACAGGCAUGCUUACUAGCUAUAUACAGCACAACCUCCUUUCCUGCUGCUUGGAUUGUUCACUAUAUACCUCCUAAUGAAUAGCUAAAUGGCUAUAUAGAUAUGUGUGUGCUUGUGUGGGGGCGGGCGUGUGUGCAUCACUGUGCGUUUGUGUGUCAGUGUCAUUACCUACGGUCUCCACCGCUGUACACUAAUCAAUACAAUUGAGAGGGAACUCACUGCAUGAGUCACCCAGUGAGACGGGGUGGCAAACUAAUCAGCUAUGAGAGACUACUAAUGAGGGAUAUGAAAGGAGACAAAGCACUGCUGAAUCUGAUCCAUCAUGUAGAGCAGACUGAGAUAACACCGAGAUGGAUGAAAUGCUGAAGAAAUCCAGCUAGCUUUGUCAGAUUACUUGUCAUACUUUUUCCAUCUCUAACACUCUCUCUCAUGUCAUUCUCCCACACACAGGCUUUGUUCAAAUAUCCACACUAGCAUACUACUAGAAUGAAUAAAUGUAUUGGGCAUGAAUUCUAAGUGAUAUACUAGUUUAUUUGGAACACAGUCUUUCUGUUUCUCUCCAUCUGUCUCCUUGAUUGUCUCUCACUAAAUCUCUUCGCUUGUCCGUUUGCCUGUUUCUCUCCAUCUCUUCCAUUCUUACUUAAUCAUUCUCUUUCUCUCUCUCCAAUUCUCUCUCACUAAAUCCCUGUCUCUUCUCUCGUCCGCCCGUCUGUCUGCCCAGUGGUAAGAUGCGUAAGCCGGCCUGGACAGACCGGAUCCUGUGGAGGGUGAAGCCCAAAGAGCCACCCCCAGAGGAGGAGGAGGAGGAGGACGAGGACAGGGACUCUGGUCUGGAUGAGAAGAACACCAAGCAGCAGCAGGAGGCGGAGGAGGAAGAGUUCCCUCUGAAACUCAAGCAGGACUCGUACACCAGCAACAUGGAGUACGGCGUCAGCGACCACAAGCCUGUCAUCGGCUUGUUUACUUUGGAGGUGGCUGAGACAGCGGCAUUUCCCAUUCCCGCAUCUGGGACCGUGUUAACAAAGUCUUAAGAGUAGCAGUGCUGAUCUAAAAUCAGUUCCUUCCUGUCCAUAUAAUGUUAUUCAUUAUGAUCUAAGAGGCAACAUUUACUGACCCAAGAUCAGCACUCCUACUCUGAGAUGCUUUUUGAAUACAGGCCCUGAACUGCUUCUCCAAUGUGACUCUUGAUAGUGAUACCGUAUGAUGCAAAUAUACUCCUUCACCCUCUAGCCACUCCUGACUACCUCUUCCCUCCAUCUUUUCUGUCUAUCCCCACACUGUAGUUGAGGAAGAUGUACGAGACGCCGUUGGUGCGCGUUUGUGCCGAGGGGGAAUGGAGCGCCGACUUUGAUGCCAUGGUGAUCUACAGCCCCCUUCAGCCCUUCCCUUCUAGUGCCUGGGACUGGAUAGGCCUCUACAAGGUCCGAGUCUACUUAACCCUCUGAUGUUCUUUUGAAUCACAGAAGUAUCAUCAAUGUGUAGUUUUUACAGAUGUGUAUUUGUGUGUUACAGGUGGGAUUCAGGAGUGUUUCGGACUACAUUACCUACACCUGGGUGAAGGAUGAUGAGGUCUCAUUUAAUGACGAGCUCACCCAGGUAAUAUGACUGCGCGUGUGUGUGUCUUUGUGUUUUAUGAUAUGGAGAUGCUCAAAUAUGUUUCUGUGUUUAUCCAGGUCUAUGUGAGCAAGGAUGAGAUUCCGGUGCUCGGAGGGGAGUGCAUUCUCUGCUACUACUGCAGUACGCUCCAAUGCAUUGUGGGUAUUAGCUCACCCUUUAAGGUAAGUGCAAGUUUACUGUAAGCCACCAAGAACAGUCCAGACAUAGGGAAUAGACAUACGCACUCUCAUACAGUGGGGAAAAAAAGUAUUUAGUCAGCCACCAAUUGUGCAAGUUCUCCCACGUAAAAAGAUGAGAGAGGCCUGUAAUUUUUAUCAUAGGUACACGUCAACUAUGACUGACAAAAUGAGAAAAAAAAUUCCAGAAAAUCACAUUGUAGGAUUUUUUAUGAAUUUAUUUGCAAAUUAUGGUGGAAAAUAAGUAUUUGGUCAAUAACAAAAGUUUCUCAAUACUUUGUUAUAUACCCUUUGUUGGCAAUGACACAGGUCAAACGUUUUCUGUAAGUCUUCACAAGGUUUUCACACACUGUUGCUGGUAUUUUGGCCCAUUCCUCCAUGCAGAUCUCCUCUAGAGCAGUGAUGUUUUGGGGCUGUCGCUGGGCAACACAGACUUUCAGCUCCCUCCAAAGAUUUUCUAUGGGGUUGAGAUCUGGAGACUGGCUAGGCCACUCCAGGACCUUGAAAUGCUUCUUACGAAGCCACUCCUUCGCUGCCCGGGCGGUGUGUUUGGGAUCAUUGUCAUGCUGAAAGACCCAGCCACGUUUCAUCUACAAUGCCAUUGCUGAUGGAAGGAGGUUUUCACUCAAAAUCUCACGAUACAUGGCCCCAUUCAUUCUUUCCUUUACAUGGAUCAGUCGUCCUGGUCCCUUUGCAGAAAAACAGCCCCAAAGCAUGAUGUUUCCACCCCCAUGCUUCACAGUAGGUAUGGUGUUCUUUGGAUGCAACUCAGCAUUCUUUGUCCUCCAAACACGACGAGUUGAGUUUUUACCAAAAAGUUCUAUUUUGGUUUCAUCUGACAUUCUCCCAAUCCUCUUCUGGAUCAUCCAAAUGCACUCUAGCAAACUUCAGACGGGCCUGGACAUGUACUGGCUUAAGCAGGGGGACACGUCUUGCACUGCAGGAUUUGAGUCCCUGGCGGCGUAGUGUGUUACUGAUGGUAGGCUUUGUUACUUUGGUCCCAGCUCUCUGCAGGUCAUUCACUAGGUCCCCCCGUGUGGUUCUGGGAUUUUUGCUCACCGUUCUUGUGAUCAUUUUGACCCCACAGGGUGAGAUCUUGCGUGGAGCCCCAGAUCGAGGGAGAUUAUCAGUGGUCUUAUAUGUCUUCCAUUUCCUAAUAAUUGCUCCCACAGUUGAUUUCUUCAAACCAAGCUGCUUACCUAUUGCAGAUUCAGUCUUCCCAGCCUGGUGCAGGUCUACAAUAUUGUUUCUGGUGUCCUUUGACAACUCUUUGGUCUUGGCCAUAGUGGAGUUUGGAGUGUGACUGUUUGAGGUUGUGGACAGGUGUCUUUUAUACUGAUAACAAGUUCAAACAGGUGCCAUUAAUACAGGUAACGAGUGGAGGACAGAGGAGCCUCUUAAAGAAGAAGUUACAGGUCUGUGAGAGCCAGAAAUCUUGCUUGUUUGUAGGUGACCAAAUACUUAUUUUCCACCAUAAUUUGCAAAUAAAUUCAUAAAAAAUCCUACAAUGUGAUUUUCUGGAUUUUUCUUUCUCAAUUUGUCUGUCAUUGUUGACGUGUACCUAUGAUGAAAAUUACAGGCCUCUCUCAUCUUUUUAAGUGGGAGAACUUGCACAAUUGGUGGCUGACUAAAUACUUUUUUUCCCCACUGUACAUUCACAUACAUUUUGGGCUAGUUUUCCGGUCACAGGUUCAGCCUGGUUCUGGACUCCUGGACUAAAAAGAUUGGAGAUUCUCCAUUGAAGUUUGAAUUGAUAAAUGCCUCCGUCUGGUUUUAGGUACAAGAGUCCAAAGUGGCCAUUGAGGAAGGUCUAGCGUCGGAGAACAUCAAAAUCCUUGACAAGGCCACAGCCAGUUCGGACCUGUGA